AUCUCCCUCUCGCUCCCUUCCGCUACCCCUCCACUCUUGACUCCCCCGUUCAGACAUCCUCCCUGCGACUCUUAUCUGAUCGAUCACCGGUCUAUCACUUGAUCCCCGGAGCUUACAUCGCUGAAGGUUUCGGUAGUCUCGCGAACGGAUCCCCCUGACUUCUGCUGGCUAUCUUGCCGGGAUAUUGUUGGAAGCCUAGAAUGGCCACGGCUGAAGUGCCCGCCAGGGCGCAUGAUCGCAAUGGACGUCGCCACCCCUUCUCCGGCUGGAUGAAGCGACUCGCGAGUCUCAAGCAUUCCACCGAUUCGAAUGCCAACCGUUGGUCCAACAAGCGUCAUGCCAUGCCCAAACACAAAAGCCGGAGUUCGAAGAAUAACCCCUACCCACUGUCCGGCACUACCCACAUCGUCGGGGACUACAAUAGCGACUUUCACACUUCGGAUGCGAGUGGCGAUUCUGGCCGGAGAUCCUGUUCUCAGAGUGAACCCUCCCUCGCAUACUCCGGGUAUGAGCAGCAGAUUCCGGCCACCAGUGCCAAGUCAACCGCGCCCACCAUUUCGACCAACGGCGACACGGCCAUAUCCGAUGCGGCAUAUUCUAAAGCGGGAACUAUGGCCACGGCCGGCGGCGGCAUCAGUUCGCAGGGGGGAGGCGAGGGGAGCACCUUUUCAUCGCCGGCGCCGUCGGUGCGAUCUCUGACCACCACCCUGACCACCGUGCAGUCGGCAGCGCCCUCCGGACAAAUCUACAAUCCGCAGAACCAGCACCACGGCCUGACCCAUACGAAUUCUCUGCACAACCCGGCGACUCAACAAGUGCAGUUUUCCCACCAAUUUCCCUCGUCGCCAGCGACAGCGGUGCCGCCCCACCUUGCCCCUCAUGGCCAUUCGGUCACCUAUAGCACGGCGACCGCCAACAAUAUCCUGACCGAUAACGCCUCGAUCCUGACCCUCGCCUCAUCCUCCAAGCGACGCCGGAGAAACUCGCUGGACACCAAUGCCUCGGUUCGCGCCCUGGCGCCGUCCUCGGUGUUCGGUGGUAGCCGGGAGAGUUUGCCCCUGAGCGUGCUGAGCGGCAAUGUCGGAGAGCCAUCAACCUCAUCUUCAUUCAACCCACCGGGCGUUCUCAACCGACCCAGCUUGGUGGGCCUUGCCAGUGUGGAGCGCGCCAGCGUCUAUUCGGCGUCUGGCACCGCGCCCUUGUCAGGGAGCGGUGAACGCGGCAGCUUCCACAAAGGUGCCACAACAGGAGACGGCGCCAGUAUCAUCAGCGCGGCCCAAUCGCACAGUCGCCAUGACAGUAAUGCGGCCAGUAUCACUGGAGCGGGUAUCAACAGUCCGUGGUCCGGACCCGCGAAUAGCCAGCCAAUACCCACUACGGGGCGGAUCAGUCGUCGCAGCUCAGCAUGGGGCGAGAUCAAUGGUGAGGAGAGCGACGAAGAAAAACUGACCGAGAGGAAAGAGGAUGAAUCCGAAACCAAAGUCGUGGUGACGGACGAGACGAGAGAGUUGUCUGGUGAGUAGGGAGGGAAUCGGGUAUCAAUCCCCACUCAUGGGCUGAAGCCGAUGUUUCUCUUCCCCCCACCCACCACAAUGAAGACUUUUCUCCU